UGCUGUUGUUGCUGAAGGGUGGAGUGGAGGGAACAUACACACCUCAGGAAUAUAUAUUUUUUCCGUACACGAAUAUUCCAGCUUUGCUUAAAAUGCUAAAGGGCAGCAAACUCAAGGUUUUGGAUGUCAGAAUCCUGAGGUCACUUAUUGAAUCAAGCUGUGGCCAGCAGCGCAGUUUCGCCAACAGCAUCCAAAGGUCCUACAUAACGUUCAAUGAUUUCCGCACCAAAAAUCGUUGGUACACCAAAAAGGAGCUUGUGGGGUACUCCAUGCAGGACAUGUACACAGUGGUCGCCGAUGUGAGCAACUACUACAAAUUUGUUCCCUAUGUGAAGCGAUCGCAUGUGCACACCGUAGACAGUGAUAAGAGCGGCUUCAAGGCCGACCUCAUUGUUGGCUUCCCACCACUGAACGAGGCGUACACUUCGAGGGUGACGCUGGAGUCGCCCAGCCUGGUCAAGUCCGAGUGCCAUGAUGGACGUUUGUUCAACUAUUUGCUUAACGAGUGGCGUUUUAGUCCGGGCCUGAAAGACAUACCCAACUCCUGCGUCUUGGACUUCAAGGUGUCCUUUGAAUUUAAAUCGCUGCUGCACAGCAACGUGGCCAACAUAUUCUUUGACCUGAUAUGCGACCAAAUGGAGAACGCUUUCAUUGCGGAAGUGGGCCGUCGGAAUGGUCCACCCUCGAUACGUUCGCAUGUGCUCACCUCCCAAAGAUCCUGACGCAGCCAGACCCAAACGGUUUUACCUCUUCUUUUUAGUAACAUAAGUUGAACGUGUAUUUGUACAUUUCAUUGACACAGAGUCGUUUUAUAUUUCGUUGUUAGUAAAAUUAACCAAAUUGUAAAUAAACAUUAUGCAAAGUCGGAUUGUGAGUGCAUUAACUUAUACC